AACCAUGCUGUGCAUCAGUAAGGUUAGGGGAAGAGUUUAGCUGUUACACACGCUGAAAGUGCAACCAUGGAACCCACGAAUUUAGAUUUUGACCAGCUUGAGCGGGUUUUUCUUCGACUAGGCCAUGCUGAAACUGAUGAACAGCUGCAGAAUGUUAUAUCAAAGUUCCUCCCACCUGUUCUCUUGAAAUUGUCCAGCACGCAGGAAGGAGUAAGAAAAAAGGUCAUGGAGCUGCUGGUACACCUGAAUAAACGUAUUAAAAGCCGUCCUAAAAUACAGCUGCCUGUGGAAACCUUGCUUGUGCAGUACCAGGAUCCUGCAGCAGUGUCUUUUGUCACAAACUUUACUAUAAUUUACAUCAAAAUGGGAUAUCCACGCCUGCCUAUGGAAAAGCAGUGUGAACUGGCACCAUCUUUGCUUACUGCCAUGGAAGGCAAACCACAAGCACAACAGGACAGCCUGAUGCAUCUCCUCAUACCAACUUUGUUUCACAUAAAAUAUCGUAUAGAACAGAUGAAACCUGUUUGCCCCUUUAAUCUCACAGAGAAACCAAAGAUUGUGCAGCAACUGUUGGAUUUCAUGGUGGAUGUUAUUCUGAUGCCUUAUGGAUUUGUACUGAAUGAACCACAGGCUCGUUCAAAUCCAUCCUCCUCACAGGGUUCAGAUGCUUCUGCGGGUGUUGGAAUUCCCCAGCCUCCUCCUGGGAUGAGCUUUUAUGCAGUUAAGCGAGUUAUGAGUGACAGCCCGUGGACUGCUGAACAGCUUGAACAGUCUAAGCUGGGCAUCAUCAAAUUAAUUGAGGUCGCAGAAAUGCCCGAACUUGAAACCGUUCUCCAUCUCGUACUUGCUUCCAGUGAUACACAUCACAGUGUUGCAACUGCAGCAGACAUGGAGUUGAAGAGCAGGCAGAGUGCUGUAGACUGGAACAACGCUGUUGUCAUCAGCAAGUUGUAUAAAGUGUACUUGGGGGACAUACCACUAAAAUCAAAAGAGGGAUCUUCACUAAAGCCAGAAUUCAAACGGGAACCAGUUAGUACACGAGUGAAACUGAAGAUUCUUCCUCAUCUGCUACGUUCCAGGCAGGCAGCAGAAAUGUUUCCUACUAAUAUACAGGUGGUGUAUGAUGGGCUUUUUGGAGGAACUACAAAUCCCAAGCUAAGAGCAAUGACCUUGCAGUUUGUCCAUCACAUUUGUACUAGUUGUCCAGAUGCAAAGAUAAAGCCGUUGGGACCAAUGUUGCUGAAUGCACUUACUAAAUUAAUGGAUGAAUACAAAGAGGAUUCUAAAUUACUUGCUUCAGCAUAUUGUGCCAUAGGGAAACUUUCCAGCCGUAUGCCUGAGCUCUUCAGCAAGAAUAUAGCAAUUGUACAGCAAUUCUUUGAAGCGAUGUGCAAGGAAGACACUGAUACCAGGCUGUCUAUUCAAGAAGCGUUGUCUAUGAUGGUUGGCGCUUACAGCAAUUUGGAAGGAGCAUCUCUAACUCUCAUGGAAGCUCUUGUAGCAGCAUACUUAGAAAAGCCUGAAGUGCAGGUCCGUCAAGUGGCUGUAAAAUUUGCCAGCACUGUAUUCUCACAUGACCACAUCCCUUCCAGAUACUUGUUGUUGCUGGCUGCUGGAGAUCCACGAGAGGAAGUUUAUGGAGAAGCCCAGCGCACCCUUAGAGCAGUUCUAAGCCAAAAUGAGAAAGAAAGCAGUAAGAAGAUGCCAGCUUUCCCCGACAUGGUGAACUAUAUUCAAGAAAAGGUUUCACAGAAAAUGAAUGCACCAACUAAAUUUAUGGUGGGUAAUGCAAUCCUUCCAUUCAGUCCUGCUGCCUUUGCAGAGAUUAUAAAGUAUCUGCGGAUGUGUUUAGCCCACAGUGCUGGAGUUGUGCCUACCUCUCAGAGUACGGCUGACAUGCAAGAUCAUGCUCCAGCAAUCAGCCGUUAUGUACGGAAUGUUUUGUCCAGCACCCAGACCUCCCUGCAGUCUUCAAAGAAUGGAAAUACUAACCCUGUCCAUAUUUACAUGCAUCUUAUUCAGCAGCUACUCUCAGCUGUGGGGGGUGUUACUGCCAUGUACUGCCUUCUGGAAGUAGUUUCUGUUUAUCCUCAGAAACUAGCUAUCAAGUUUGCCGAUAAAAUAGAUUGGAUAAAGGGCCUUAUGAACACUAAUAAAGAGGAGAUGCGAGAGUUGGCAGCCCAGCUUUAUGCUGUUGUUGUGUCAUUUAUGUCUGGCGAUGAACUUAAUACUGCUGUACAGAAUCUCAUCAAGAUUACAAAAGACAACCAAAACCCAGAAACACAACAUGGAGCCUUGCUUGCUUUAGGAUACUUGGUUGGAAGGUACAUGGCCAAAAAGAAGAUAACUGACCUUGAGAUCCAAGAUUUGGAAUGGUCUCAAAUGACUGUUGUACAAAAAGAAGAGCAAUUAAUCAAGUCUGCCACAGAAUUACUUGGUUCAUUUUUGGACAAUCCCUCUCCACUUUUAUCAGUGGCUGCAUGCACUGCUCUUGGUGAAAUUGGCCGACGUGGAGUACUGCCCAUUCCUGAUGAUGGCCCAGGCUUUACAAAACAGCAUCUUGUUGAGAACUUGUUGGCCAGAAUAACAUCUGGCAAAGAAACCAACAAGAUGAAAGAAAGAGCAAUAAACACACUGGGUUAUCUGCCUGUUGGAGAUGGAGAAUUUUCCUACCAGAAGAAACUGCUGCAAGGACUUAUGGAUUCUGUUGAGGCUAAACAGAUAGAACUUCAGUUCACUGUUGCUGAAGCCAUCACUAGUGCUGCUAUAGGAACUAGCUCAGUUGCUGCCCGUGAUGUAUGGACCGUUACAGAAGAGGAGUACACUUCUUUUUCAGAUAUGAAAGUGAAUGAUGAGGUUGCAUGGGUCCUAGAUGCAAUUCUGAAUAAAUGCAUCGUCAGCCCCAACCCGCACAUUCGGCAGGCUGCCUGCAUCUGGCUUCUCUCCUUAGUUAAGAGGCUUUGCAACCAUAAAGAAAUAAAGACCCACCUUAAAGAAAUCCAGAGUGCUUUUGUGUCCAUUCUUUCUGAGAGUGAUGAGCUCAGUCAAGAUGUUGCUUCCAAGGGCCUUGGUCUUGUCUAUGAACUAGGAAGUGAACAAGAUCAGCAUGAAUUGGUAUCCACUCUGGUGGACACACUUAUGACUGGCAAAAGAACAAAACAUAGCGUUACAGAAGAGACGGAGGUGUUCCAGGGUGGAACUCUUGGCAAAACACCUGAGGGACAGGGGCUGUCUACCUAUAAGGAGCUGUGUUCUCUGGCCAGUGAUCUUAAUCAGCCUGAAUUAGUUUACAAAUUCAUGAAUCUGGCUAAUCAUCAUGCCAUGUGGAACUCUCGAAAGGGAGCUGCUUUUGGUUUUAAUGUGAUUGCAGCAAAAGCAGGAGAACAAUUGGCUCCAUUCUUACCUCAGCUGGUGCCACGCCUGUAUCGUUACCAAUUUGAUCCAAAUUCUGGCAUUCGAAUGGCAAUGACUAGCAUCUGGAAUGCAGUGGUCACCGAUAAAUCUUCAGUGGAUAAAUAUCUGAAAGAAAUAAUCCAAGAUUUGAUAAAUAACUUGACAUCCAAUCUAUGGAGAGUCCGUGAAUCUAGUUGUCUGGCUGUGAAUGACCUUUUGCGGGGAAGACAGUUGGAUGAAAUCAUUGACCGGAUUCCUGAAAUAUGGGAGACACUUUUCAGAGUGGUUGAUGAUAUCAAGGAGUCUGUACGUAAAGCAGCAGAUCAGGCACUAAAGACUCUAAGCAAGGUAUGUGUGCGAACAUGUGAAUCCUCCAGUGGAACUUCUGGCCAACGUAUUAUUGCCGUACUUCUGCCUUGCCUUUUAGACAAAGGCAUUGUCAGUUCAGUAACAGAGGUUCGUUCACUAAGUAUUAACACACUUGUCAAAAUGAGCAAAGGUGCUGGAGUCAUGUUGAAGCCACAUGCAUCACGACUUAUUCCUGCCUUGUUAGAGUCCUUGAGUGUUUUGGAACCACAGGUUCUUAACUACCUGAGCCUGCGUGCGACAGAACAAGAGAAGGCUGCAAUGGACACUGUCAGGCUAAGCUCUGCUAAAUCUUCACCUAUGAUGGAAACAGUCAGUAUGUGCUUACAGCAUUUGGAUGCAUCUGUACUUGGAGAGCUAAUCCCAAAGUUAUGUGAAUUAAUUAAGAGUGGCAUUGGUUUGGGAACAAAGGGAGGCUGUGCACAUGUGGUGGUGUCCCUAACAACACAGUGUCCCCAGGAUCUUACACCUUAUGCAGGAAAAUUGAUGAAUGCUUUGCUAACUGGAUUAAAUGAUCGUAACACCGUUUUGCAGAAGUCUUAUGCAGUUGCCAUGGGACAUUUAGUCAGGACUGCACGAGACAGUAGUGUUGACAAGCUGCUUCAGAAGCUUAGUGCCUGGUACAUGGAGAAGGAAGAACCAGUGUACAAGGCAGCAUGUGCACUAACAGUCCAUGCUAUUGGAAGAUAUAGUCCUGAUGUAUUGAAAAAUCAUGCAAGAGUGACCUUGCCACUGGCAUUUUUGGGAAUGCAUGCAGUUCCAGAGGAAGAAGAAAAAACAGAAAAUGGUGAUUCAAACCUUUGGACGGAGGUGUGGCAGGAGAAUGUACCUGGUAAUUUUGGAGGUAUUCGACUGUACAUGGAAGAGUUGAUAGCCAUUACCCAGAAGGCACUUCAGUCCCAGUCUUGGAAAAUGAAAGCUCAGGGGGCAGCAGCCAUGUCUUCUAUUGCUAAGCAACAAACAGGCUCCCUUGUACCACCACACUUAGGAAUGGUGUUGAAUGCAUUAUUGCAGGGAUUACCUGGAAGAACAUGGGCAGGAAAGGAAGAACUUCUGAAAGCUAUAGCAAGUGUGGUCACAGCUUGCAGUUCGCAGUUGCAGAAAUCUGUUCCUGACCAGCCCAGCAUUACUGAUAUUGUUCAAGCCAUUCUGAAAGAAUGCCGAAAAGAAAACCUCACAUAUAAGAUGGCAGCACUGAGAUGUGCAGCAGAUGUACUAAUGGAAACCAAAGAGGAUCGCUUCCAAGAAAUGGCAGACAUCCUUAUACCAUUAAUCAAAAAGUAUUCUCCAGAAAAAGCUGAAGCUCAUUCCCCAAGAGAUGAUGAUGAUGAAGAUGAGGAGGAAAAAGAGAAAGAAGUAACCAUGAAUUGUUUGCUGUGUGCCUUUGAAACAUUGGGCAAAUGUUGGCCUAAGAAUACUGAGACACAGCGUGUUUAUAGAAUGGAGGUGUGCCACUUAAUGUGUGAAAGAUUAAAACUUAGUACUUGGAAGGUUCAGCUAGGAGUACUAAAAUGUAUGAAUGCUUAUUUUGAGGGAUUGCUGCUUUUUGAAAAGGAACACACUGAUCUUAAGGCACUGAGAGACAUAUUAACAGAAGCUUCAUCCGCUCUCACACAUCCAUUAGAAAACAAAAGUUACUCUUCUGUAAGAGCAGAAGGCCUAGCUGUAGUAGAAGUCCUUCUUAAGAAAUUAGAAGAGUCAAAUCAGCUUGAAUGCUUGACAGCAGAAAGCAAAGAACUGCUAAUUACAUCACUGAGCACCAUGGAAACCGAUAGCAGACCAGACCUGAAGGACAAGGCUUUCUGCUUGAAAAAACAGCUUGGAAAUAUCUCAUAAAAUAUUUAAUUGACUGCCUACAAGAUACACAAAAUGCAGCAUCCUCUCUUGGAAAGAUGUACAUCAUUGUUGUGAAUGACAGUAUUUAUAUAGUUGGAGAAAAUGGAUCUCUUCACCAAGUUCAAUCCUAUAAAAUACAUUUGUAGUUCCAUGGGAUGUUACAGAGAGCUUGCACUAUAAGCCAUUUUGGAGUAACUUACUUGAUUUAGUCUAGCUUAAAACAUGCAUUUACGUGAGAGAUUUGUUAUAUGUAUAAAAUGUAAUAUUCUGAUUUUCAUUAGUUUAAAUGCUUUUCUGGCUGUGUUUUAUAAAAUAUGCUGGUCUCAGGACCAGAGAUUCUAAGAAUCCAAGGAAGAGUGUAGCUUGUCUGGACUGUCUUCAUCACUGUCAGUACACCCAUGCUGGAUGUGUUACCCACUGGAAUGGAGACGUUCAGUUUACCUAAACUUUUCUUUAGUGGUAAGAACUGCAGUCAUAACAGAAUAUGGCUGAAGCAUUUUUCUAGUCUGUGUAACCAGGCUAAUUGCGUUACACCUUUAUUGCCUUACCUUGUACAGGGAUGUAUUUUAUGUGUAGCGCAAGUAAAGUCGCCUGAGCAGCAUCUCUCAUUUUAGUGAGACUAUUGUCAGAAGAACCUGUUAGUAAGUGUUGUAUAUGAAUGUGUGAAAGAAGAGCAGAUCAUGAAAUGUUUGCAUGUAUUGGCUGUGUUUGCACUACUUGGGUGGGCGGGCUUAGAAAGUUUCCCUUGUAUGAGCAGUAUUGCACAUUGAUGUCAUUACACCUUGUAGUUAUGUCGAGACACAUGACUGUGGUACAUUUAAUAUAUAUUGAAGCUGGAAAUGUUGCCAUUUUCUUCUCUUCCCACACACAAAGGAACACAGUAGGUCAGUCCAGUGAUGGUGUGUGGAUUAUAGCUUUCUGAGGUUAGAAGACUAGCACAGCUGAUAUAGAUUUCAUGAGUGAUGCUGGCAUCACCUGUGGAAAGCUGUCUUUUGCUGUACCUGCAUUCUGUCAUAAAUUAGUUGUUUCUGAGAGGCGGGGUGGUAGAAAAUUACUCGGACAUCUUGCUAACAAAUGUCUCGUAUUACUAGCCGCUGUAUUCUGCAGUAAGUAAUUUUUGGGAUUCCUUUUUUGCAAAUUGAGUCUGCACAAAAUCUAGCAUUGUUGAACUUUCACACACUGCAUGACUCCAUCAGGACAUGUAUCAGAUGUAGGAUGAUACAUCCAGGCUCUCUCUCUCCACUUCUUUUCUGGUUCUUCUGCAUUUCAGAUUACUAUCCUGCUGUUUGUAAUAGAAAGGUUCCUGUAUUUAGAAAACUUAAACCUGCUAAGUGCCCCUACAGCCAGCAGGUAAUCAUCCAGAACCUGCUGCAUCCAGUGUGGUGUGUGCUGUCUGAAGGAUGACCAUAACAUGGAGUGCCACCGAUACCACCAGCAGCUCAACUGAUCUAAUAGCUACAGGAAUUAUACCAUUAGAAUUUUUUUUUGUUCCUCUGUUCCUUCCUUCACAGCUGUCCAGCCCAUUGCACUGCACAGCUGACACAUUCAUUCCUCCAUCCCAGAUGGUAUAGCUGCCCCUGAUGGGGCGAAGCUCAAAUGAAGGUGGACUGCAAUUAUAAUAAACCAUUUCUUAUGCACUUAACAUCAUCUUGUGCAUCUUGUAGUGUGAGGCAUGCGACAUGCCUAAUGUGUAGACUUCGAUUGCUCAUGCAAGCUGCUGUACUCAGUAGCAACCCUGCUUACCUUAAGGGGUUAAUACACUUGCAAGGUGCUUCAGUCUCCAUUUGAAAUGUUUGUAGUAGGACAUAUAUUGUUGAAGCGCACAUACAACCCCCCCCCCCUCAUAUAGGCAAGCAACCAAAGUCACUCCUUCCACUCCACCACCAGUUCCUUUGGUAUAUGCACAAUUAAUGAAACCCAAGCUAGGUAUGUCCUAGUUAAGUCUCCAUCCAUUUUCAGUACAGAGACAGCACAGGAAUGCAGCCAUUGCAGUGAAGGGCAUACAGUGUUGAUUGUGACCUUCAGCAUGCAUCUGAGAGAAGGGAUGAGGUAAGGGAAGACAAUACACAAUCAUCUAUUCAGCUCGUGAAAGCUUGACCUUGUGAUGGUUACCAGCUGAUGAUAGAUCACCUUUAGAGUUGAGUCCCGAGGACUAAAUGCUACUCUUCUGAGUUGUAACUUGCAGCAUAUUGGUUUGCAUGUAUAGAAUGGGCUUAUCAGCCUGUCCUUCCAACAAAGGUUUUGUGAUUUCCAUCAGCCACUUGCUCAUAUAUGAGUAAGGCCUUAUGUGAGCCCAUACCCGGAGGUAAUGGGGCACAGAACUCACUUGAAGCUGCUAUGGGGAGUUAUGGGUACCAGAGGCCAUUAUAUCUAAGAUAUUUAAAAUCAUUUAGUCCCCAGGCCUCCAGAUACGUCCAUUGACCCUUAUUUUGGAGAGAGCCUGAGGCUUUUGAUGUCCAACAUGAAAUAGCUUCAUAAUCUUGUAGACACUUUUAUGUAGGCCCCUGUCUGAAUUAAAUGAUGAUCUUACCAAACAUGCUUUGUGAUCUCUUAGGCCAAGGACAUAUCCUAAAAAACAGACCAUUUUGCUGUUCUUUGGACAGCCAAGGAAUCAAAAGCCUUGGGUGUAGGUGAAAUGAGAGUUUUAUUUUUCUGCUGCAUUGAAACUUAGAGUUUUCAACUCUUCACUCAUUUAUCAAAGUCCCAAUCUUUCCUUGUCAAGGACCUGCUGGAGAAGCCUCAGGAUGUCACUGAAUCUCUGUUCAGAGGUGAUGUGAUCAAUACCCUUUAUUUGGCUUUUAAAGACAGUGUUGCCAGUGGCCUCUAUAAUUUGAAUUCUGUAAAUGCUUUGGCCACAACUUAGGGAAAUGUCCACACAGGUAGCUUAGGUGAUCUCGGUCUGCCUAAAGGAGGAACUUGGAAACAAUAUCCUGGAAUCCUAGGUCAAGAGGAAGAUGUUUUUGUCCAGCCUCCUAGGACUUUGUGGCCUCUUGAAGAGAAAAAAUAGAUCCUUACCAUUGAAGAAUACAUUUGCACCUUUCUCUUCUCCCAAACAAGAUCCGUAAGCAUCAAGUAGUACACAGUCCUGCCCCCUUAUAAGUCACCCAAAUCUCCAGAGAGGUUGAAUAUGCUGGUCCCACCAUAACAGUCUUAAAGUUUUUCAAGUUUGUCACAUCUUGGAAGUAACACCAGAAAAAGAGUCUAAAAUGGUGCUGCAGUCUGGCAUAUUUUAGAGUUCAUGGGUCCUUUGUCAGAAAGUUUUACAGGUAGGCUCAGAGUGUGCUGCUGAGGGUGGGGGACUGCUGACACUAUCCCCUAUUUGAAACAAUGUCAGAGUUUUACCGCUACCUGUUCCUGUUCCUGAAUGGGAUGGAUGGUGGCCUGCCCAUCUGGAUACAAAGCACUUCAGCUAACACACAAUGAUUCUGGAUGGUGACCCUUCGGAGGGGGGGGGGCAUGCCCUUAUUGCUAAGGUAGGAUGAAGUUACUGGAUAUGGGGAACACCUUUUAACAUAUCAGUGUUUGGUGUUGACACAAGUGGGUCCUCUGCUUGUUCUCGGUGGGCAUCACUUCCAUUAUAAAUGGUUGCUACGUAAUCUUCACUCAACACUCAGAGUGUACCAGUGUUGCUAUAAUGUCCAAAGCAGUUCAGAGAAAUUAUGUUCAUGUGUUCCACUGAUUUUCAGACUGGCUGUUGGUGGCCCAGACCAUUGACUUAGAAACAUCCCUGCAGUAAGAACUUAAGUGACUCUAGUCUCUGGAGUUUGACUAUAAAUUGGGAAAUGCCCAUCUUUUUUUUUUUUUGCAGAGAGUAAUCUUUAUGGGAACAGAGCAAGGUAUUGUCCACUGCUGGUCAGUUCUUCCCUGAGAAAAAGUCCAGGAAGUCAUGGUGUUGGCAUUCUGGUUGAGGAAGCAGUGCAGGGUCCAAGCCUAACUCCUACUAUGUCUUUUGGGUGUUAUGGCUACCACGGGCUUUUUGGUGCAUUUUGAGGUACACCGUAAGAUAUCAGUUGCUAUAGCUGCAGCACACAAUCACGGAUAUUUUUUCCCGGUGGCAGACCCUUGUAACUUAGAAAGCCAAAGCUAAACACCACUGAAUCUGUAGUCAAUUCCCAUCUUGUAAGAUGGAAGUCAUCAACUGCAGUGCACAGGGAUAAAACACAUGAACAAUGAAACAUGUUGCUGGGAAGGGCAAGCCUCCUUGCACCUCCCACAUCCUCAUUACAUUAAAUAUACUAACUUCUAGAUUGCUGAACCUCUGGGAUAAGAGAAAAAUGUUUUACCUUAUGUUUAUUGAUUUCUCAAGUUUUGAUGAAGAAUGUGGUUCCCCUUUGGAAAGGGAGGCAUGUGUCAUCCAGAUGGAGCUUCAAGCAGGCUUCAUGACUGUGAUGACAUUGGAGAUAAAGUUGUUUGUAGGAAUUCUCACUUCCUUAGACAACCAGUCCAUCUUGUACUACAUAAACAGUGAAGAGGGCAGAAGGUUAUAUUUACUGUGCAGGGAGGUGAUGUGCACUAGAAACUGAGCAAAAGUCAGGGAUGUCACUCAUUUUUUUCCCAUCUCAAGAGAAAUUAGUAACCUGGCAUAUACACUGAACUUUUCCUUUAGUUAUGUCCUAGAGCUGCAGGUUUGGAUAUCAUAUCUGGUCAGGGUCUUUCAUAAACAGUGCACUUCGGAAACUGAUCUAUUUACCACUCAGGAGAAUGCUAUCAUCCUUCUGUUCAAUUCACUGGAAACAGUUCAAGGUGAAGGUGACUGUGAAUGCAUUUUCUGUCUUAGGGCUCAGGAGACUCCUAUUUGUAUUCCCAAAAUCCCUGCUGAUUUUGUGCCAUAUUACAAAAUUCAGUAAAGAUAAGACAAGUUCUCUUCACCCUGUGACAGCCAAGAAAAACAUGUUUUCAGGCAUUUAGGUCCUUAACACUACAGGAAGCUAAGCUGAUUCUAGCCUAAAAUGUUCCCCACAUUUGAGGUGACAACUUAUCUUAGCAGAUGUCUGACACAGACUUUUUAAUUUUAAUCUUACAGAAUCUUCUGGCUGGAAUAUGAGGUUAUUAAGACUGCAAUGAUACCGUUCGCUCAUCGGGCCUAUGCCUCCAGUUGGAAAAUGUUUUCAGUCUUGGUGGAGUGGUACCCUAUACUACCCCAUUCAGUCAGCUUGCAAGUAUUCCUGACUUACCUCGGGCAUCUGUGAUAGCUAAGACUCAGUUAUUCCACAGAUUAUGCACAUGCCAGGUGUUUCUGGUCAUCCACAGUCUUUUGAAAUGUUGUUUUGAGGCACAGUACUUGCUGAUUAAGCAGUUCCUUUAGGAGCAUGUUACAUCUUCCUCUUCCUCUGAAGAACCACUUUUCACCUUAGGACCUGAAUGUCAUGUUUCAAAGUCUUCUUUGUCCAUCAUUGGAGCCUACUGGUUCAGUGGUGUUGAAGUUCAUCUCUUGGAAAAUUUUUUCCAGAUGUUAGCUCUUCUUAAGACUAUCGGAGCUUCAGGCAGUCUUGUAUAUGGAACUGCAUCUUGCCUUUCACAAGAACUGUGUGCUCAUUAAGAUGCUUCCCCCUGAAAAUGUUUCUGAAUUGUACCCAAACCUGCUUAUUCAUCACUUUGUUGUGACUACCAGGGUAGAGAGGGCAUUCACAUCCUGGAUAUGUACUGUCGUCUCAGAUUUUACCUGAACCAAGUGCACAAAUUUAAAAAGGGCUUGCAGUUGCCAAACAAAUUAUUCCCAGCUGGUCUGCCAGCUGCAGUGUCUUUUGCCUUCAGGCAUCUUGAUUCUUGCUGGAAAUGCUGAAGUCAGAAUUCCUUCCACUACAAGAAUACCUACUUCCAAUACUUUAGCGAACAUCUUGAUUGUAGGCACCUGUCAUGACCAGUUAACACUGAUUUCUCCAGGGGUAGUUUUUUUUUGUUUGUUUUUUUUUUCUUUUAUUAUUGUUGUUUUGUCCUCUUAUUCCUUCCACCAAGUAGUAGACUACUUCAGGAUUUAUCCUAUCCGUAGGGUCCAUCAAGAAAGUUCCCUGGUAUUCGAUAUAGUAGAUGAAUUCUUAGUAGCUUAUCAGCUGAUUUAUAGGAUAGCCCUCUGAUGAAUCAAAAAUACCCUCCUGCUGUCUGCCUGUGUGAAAAUAGCACCUACAUUCAGCCUCUGCUGUUAUAGUUAUAAGUAACUUGGGUAGUAUAUUCUUGUAUAUUGUGUAUUAAAAUGGCCUGGCUUUUUGUUGUGGGCAGUUUCACAGACUGCUGUAUUGUCAGACUGUAGCAUUGCUUCAUGUUUCUUUGCAUAUGUCAGUGGCACAGUAGGUAGCAAACUCACAUUUGAUGCUGGAGGCUCAGACUGUUGGUUCUAUUGCCAAACCAGGUGCUUGGGUUAUUUUUGCGAUACUGACAUUCCAUUGCAGCAUAAUGAGGGUGCUGUACUCCUAGGUGUGUCAUCCUUUGGCUGAGACAUUAAACUAAGGUUGCAUACGCCUGAGCCUGUGGUUGCUCAGUUGUAUGUAAAGUAUUCUACUGCACAUAUCAAAAGCAUAUGGGCUGUUUAAAAUGCAUUUAAAACAUACAAGAAAUUCCCUAAUAGGUUGUGCUGUAUAUGUAUAUAUGUAUGCACACACGUGAUAUACAUAUAUUAAACAAAACAGCAGUAGAUAUUCUUCCUCCAUCAAACUGUUUCUUAACUACAGUUUCAGUCUUUUAAGAAUAUCUGUAUUGUUCCACUUUUGUUGAAACAUUCCCACACCAUCCUGACAGUAUCAACCACAAAAAAGUAUAAUCUUGUCAGUUCUGUCUGCCUCUUAUCUUUGAUAACUUCUCAUAAUAACCAUAUUGUAUAACAUCAAUGUUUAUGAAAAAUGUAACAUUCAGUCAGAAAGCAUGCUAAACUUACAGCCAAAAUCUGCCAUGCUGUUAAAUUCACAAGUGUCAUAAUGUUUCUGUAACCAGAUUCCCUUCAAAUAAACACAUUGUUUCUAA